ACACACGCACGCACUGACACACAGACGCACUGACACACACAGACACACACUGACACAAAGACCUAGUCACAUACAGACACAGCCCCGGUCACACACAACUCGGGUGACACACAGUCGUCACACACAGACACAAGACACCGACACACGCGGAAUCGGCAUGGACGAAGCGCUGGGCGAGAGGCUGCGGCUGCAGCUCGCGACGCUGCAGCAGCAGCAGCGCGCGCGCCUCGAGCGGCUGCGGGAGCGACGUGGGGACCACGCGGACCACGAGGACCUCGGCCUGGAGCUCACGGCUCCUGCAGACCCCGGGCCAUCAAGUGGGGGCAAGGACGAGGCGGUGAGGUCCCUGCAGGAGCGAGUGAGGGAGAUGGGAGAUGAAUUGUCGCGACUCCACCGGAUCGUGGCCGAGAAGGAUCGCCGUGCUGCACAGCUGCAGUCGCAGCUGGAGGAGAGCCGCCUCGCCCUCGCUGGCCCCGUAGGCGCAUCUGGAGACACUGCAGCCCUAAAGAUCGUGGAACUUUCGAAGCGCGUGCGGGAGAUGACGGCUGAGUUGGAGAGAGAGCGCAGCAGAGUGAAGCAGCUCACCACUAAACUUCGCCAGCUCGAAGAACAGCGCCAAGAGUUUGAUUCUGACAAAAGGCAAGGUACGGGAAGUGGAACUCAUGGAAAAGACAUCCUAAAAUCUGUUGAUGCAAAGUUUGGAGCCGGGAAUGAAGAGAAAGCCUUGCAAGAUAAACUCUCAGCAACAAACCUAAAACUCUCUGACUACAGAAACCAGGUGCAGCUGCUCAAGCAAGAGCUGCGUACCGCUCACAAGGUAUUGACCAAUGAAGUUGGCGAAACAGUUAAUAUACCGCACUUAUUGAGCAAUCCUGGCAGCUGGAGGGGAAGAUCCCAGCAGAUACUGAACCUACAAACCAAGGUACGAGAGUUGGAGGCGCAGCUGGGCCAGAGCACACAGAGGAGCAGAGGCUCGGAGCUCCUCCUGGAGGAGGAGGAGAUGACUGGCAACGGUGGACCUCGACGCACCCCCCUGCAAGACAAGAACCAGGCACACAUUCGAGCUAUGGAACGUGAGCGCAAGGAAGCAAUGGAAAAGAUGGCAGGGGAGUUAGAAACAUUGCGCAAAGAGCAGGACGAGGGCCGACGGAAGCUGGAAGGUACGCGGGCGCGUAACAUCGUGCUCACAACCGAGGUGAAGACCCUGCGAGGACAGAUAUCCACUCUGAUGGUCAAGGCACAGAAUGAUGAUGAACUCAUCCAGACUCUGCUGGAACAACAAAAACGUCUUCAAGAUCUCCUGAAAUCAUCGGCAGAUGAUGCGGCAAAACAAGGCAAAGAAAAAAGAGUCGUGAGAGUUGGUCAAGCGAUGGAUGUUCAAAACCAGGGCCAGCAGCAGUUCCACAUGCAGGCUGGCAACACCCUAAGUCAGCUCGGUGGAUACUCACCCAAAAGCCAAGGCAAUCUUCCUGACCUGGAACAGCCCGGAGGUGCUGUGCAAGCAGAUAACACUUUUGUCAGGCAACUUCAGGAGAUGGUGUCGGAAAAGGAAGUAAAAAUUAAACAACUUGAGCAAGAAAUUCAGCACAUGGUCCGAAAGGUUGGGUUAAAUAGGCUGGCAGCUGAAGGGACAGGUGAUGAAGCUGCUCCUUUUCAUUUAGGUUCUUCACAGGGAUCUGCUAGGAUGGUAUCAAAGAUGGGCCAUACCCUGGUGGAGGCAUCCCCCAUGACUGUAACAUCUGGCGGUGCAACCAGGCCAUCAAGCAGCAGUAUACGUGAGGAAACUGAGCUGCUUAGACGGCAGUGUGUGGAGUUAAGGGCAUUGAGUCAGACUGCCCAGGUGGAGAGGGACAGGCUAAUGGAGCUGGUUGGCGUUUUGCAGCAAAGGGUUGAGGAAGCUACUGACAAGGCCCGGGAGGCAGAAGUCAAGCACCAGGAGAGCAGGCGACGGGCCGUUGAGCUGGAGCAGCAGCUGGGACGGGCCCGGAUGGAGGCUGGCAGCAAAAUGCGUGCAGGGCAGAUAAGCCGAAGGAGCAUUCAGCUCACUGACAAAAAGGACAGCUCUUCCUCAGCUCUACCAUCUGAUGCACGAAUUCCUGAGCUGGAAACACAGCUGGCGAUUCAGCAAGAUGAGAACGAGGCUCUGAAGAUGGCUUUGCAAAGCACCUUGCAUGCUAAGGAGGAGGACUUGCGACUCUACAACCAGAUGAUGGAGCAGAGCAAGGAGAUCUUCCUACAAGCCCUGUGGCAGGAACGUCAACAAACCGGUGGCAGAAGCUCCAGUGGAAAAUGAACGGGACCUUGACAUUGUUAUAUUGUUUUUUUAAUAAAAUACUUUGUUCACCCUGGAGCAAUGCCCACUUUAGUGCAAGAACAGAGUAAUAACAUCUUAUAACUAAGUGCAUUUGCUUGUUGGUUCACAAGAUUUAGCAAUUGUCUUUGCAGCUUAACCUGAAUACACAUAUGAUGAAAUAUUUUACUACAGGUGUGUAAAUGAUUGUAAUAUUUAAAAAUGACAUGCUAACUGUUCAAACAUGUUUCCUACUGCAUUGUAUGAAGUGUGAGAUUUCUUACAUGGAUUUGGAUUUCAGGACUUAUUUUGUACAUGCAUGACAUUUCAUUUGACUUUGUUAAAAUAAUUUACUAUUAGUUUACUGGCUGGCGAAUGUAAACUCUCAGACAAUAUAGGCUUUAUAAUUAUAACUUGAAAAGUGUCCUUGAUUCUUGACUGACAAUUUGAGGAAUAAACUGCCAUGUCACCCUCAA